GGCUUGGCGUUGUAUUAUAAGAAUUGUAAACAAAAUGCUAAGGCCCGUUGGCUGAAAUAUAAUAUUUUUCAAAGUGCAAUUUUGUAAAAAACUAAUAUUUUGAAAUAGUAUCUAUGUGUUCAUGUGAAAAUGGAUAGCGGUAAAACCGAUAAUGAGAGGGAGUUAACCUCAACCAUGGGUAAUGUCCUGUCAGUGUCCAUUAAAGAUGAAAAAAAUGACACAAGUGGAAGUGAUGCGACUCCAACUUCGUCUACUGAUGCGAAUACUACAACUUCGUCCUCACAAAUAGUGUCAGAUGACCCCAUCAGUAGUACAUCUUCAGAUGUUGUUGAUCUAAACAAAUCUAAGGAUUUGGAAACUGUUACACAAAGUUCUGUAGAAGUGACUCAGACAGGCAUGGAGGAGCCAGAUAAAACUUCUUCCGUAGAUCCUGAAACUGAUUUAUUGGAGAUGAGUAUAUCAAGUGUUUCACGGGAAAGAAUAACUGAAGAUGUGGAAGACCUCGUACAUGAUUUGGAAAGUCUACUUGGCGAAUCCACUGAUUCAUUUAAUAUCCCAAUAAAGCGAAGAGAAGAACAAAAGUCUCCAGUGGAAAAGGAACCCGCAAAAAUAUUUCAAAAACCUAAUGAAAGCGGAGAUAUUUUUUCGUUAGAGAAUUCGGUGUUAGAAAAAGGUAUUGAAAUCGUCGAAAACUGCGAUAAAGAAAAAGAAAAAAAUAAAGAUGUAAUUAAUUUUUCAUUAACAGAGGAGCAAGUAGAAACAGCUGAGAGCAGCAGUAAACAAGAAACCGAGUCUUGUAAUAUUGGUGCCGGGGAAGACGACAAAGUAAAUAACGAAAAUAUAUCUUCAUUAGGGGAUAAAGAGCUUCCCGUUCACACAACUCUCGAAUCCGAAACUAGUUUAGAAUGUGAAAAUGUGAUAGCAAACCCACAAGAGAACCAACCUGACACCGUAGCUAAUGAAAAUGAGACUAUUGAUGAAUCUAAUAUCAUUGGAGGUUCAAAGCUUGAGGUUACGGAAUGUAUUACUUCAGCUGCAAAUGACAAGGGAGGUGAUGUUAAUGCAGAUCAUGGUAUCGAGAAGAUUGGUGAUGAAAAUGAAGCAGAAGCAGAAGUCCGUGCAGGAUCUGAAGCGGCAGCCCAUACAGAAUCUGAAACAGAAGCCCAUGCAGAAACUGAAGUGGAAGUCUAUGCAGGAUCUGAAGCGGAAGCCCAUGCAUCUGAAGCGGAAGCCCAUGCAGAAUCUGAAGCGGAAGCCCAUGCAGAAACUGAAGUGGAAGUCUAUGCAGGAUCUGAAGCGGAAGCCCAUGCAGAAUCUGAAGCGGAAGCCCAUGUAGAAUCUAAACCCGAAGUCCAUGCAGGAUCUGAAGCUGCAGUCAAUGUUGGAUCCGAAACGGAAGUCAAUGCAGUCUCUGAAGCGGAAGUUCAUCCAGGACCUGAAGAGGAAGUCCAUGCAGGACCUGAAAUGGAAGCCCAUGCAGGAUCUGAAGCAAAAGUCCAUGCGGGAUCUGAAGCAGAAGUCCAUGCAGGAUCUGAUUCAGAAGUCAAUGCAGAAUCUGAAGAAGUCAAUGCAGGAUCUGAAGAAGUCAAUGCAGGAUCUGAAGCGGAAGUCCGUGCAGAGCCUGAAGUGGAAGCCUGUGCAGAAUCUAUUGAAAAAGAGGCAAGCCUAACAGAAGUUGAAGAUGGUGCAAACAAUAAAUCGAAUGAUCAGCUUAAAGGCAACGAAGAGACAGAAGUUUUAAGUGUUGCAACAGAAACUGAACCGCCAUCCAUUACGCCUGAUGCUUUCCUUGGAGAUGGUAAUAUUGGAAGAGGUGAACUCGAAAAGACUGAAGAAGCUGAUACUGUUUGUGAGACAGAAAGUAUUUCAAGAGACCCUAAGACUGAACCUGUUGAGUCCGUUUUCAAUGAACAUAAAGAAACAGAAUCGUCUCGGCAUAAAGAACUAGAUGAACAUGUAGCUGUUAAAGUACCCACAGCUGAUUCGAUUAGUACGGAGAUAAUACAAGAUUAUACAAAUGACAAUUUAGAAACGCAAAAUGUAAAUUCUGACAGUCGCCAAGAGAUUAAAGAGAUUGAAGCAACCACUACAGAAAUAUCUUGCGAAUCUAACAAUCUUGAAAAGAAAUUAGAAGAAACAGUUGAAGUACAGUCUGUUUCCGAGAGUCCAAAGCUAGACGAGAUAGAAAUCCUUGAGCAAAAUAGUACGGAGAAUAUUCAAGAACUUAGCCCCCAAAUAAACGCUCCGGUAGAACUCGAAUAUGCUCCCGACAAUACAGAUUCAACUACUACCAUAUGUGAGGAGGACUCCUCAAAAUUGGUGCCUGCUGAAUUAGAAAGCAGCGCCGACAAGUCGGUAGAAAAAACCGAAUCACCGGAAAUUGAAGAAUCAGAUAAUAUUGAUGAUUCAAUGUCUCAAACAAACAUUCCAGAAUCUUCGGAAACGAAAGAUACUCCAGAGGAUUCUAUCGAGUAUUCAAGAAACGUGGAGGUUGAAGAAAUAAUAAACACUGAUGCUGAACGGUUACUAGAUGAAUCAAAUUCGAAUCUGAAUGAUUCCGUGAAGGAGCUUCCUUCAGAAUCAGAAGUACCAAAAUCUCUUAUCGAUGACCUUACUAUAAUUACAGAAGAAAUCUCUACGGUUGAGCCUGAUGAAACCGAUCUUGUGUUAGAAUCUAACGAAGAAGUUCCUCAGAUUGAACCUACAACCGAGGAUAUCCAAAACGAUGACACCAAAACUCCAACAACGGAGAUCGAGGAUGUAACCGAGCAAACAACAAUCGUAGAAAUGAGUGAGUUGGUGAACGAUGAAGUUUCACCAACUCCAAACAAUUCUUCCACGGAUGUUGAAAAUCAACAAGGUCCGUCAGGUGAAGACUUAAAAGAGAAUUUUGUUGAGCAAAUGGACUUGCUGUUGUCAUCAGGUACUGCCCCUAAUGACGAAGAGCUUGUACAAAUUACAGAAUUAACAGAAACUAUCGAUGAAAAACGCGAAGAACGAGAGUUACAACCGGAAAUUGCUUCGGAGAAAAUUUCAAGUGAUGAGGGUGAGGAAGGUAAAACAGAUCCUAACCAAGCAAGUGAUAUUCCAAAACCGACAGAUGUCGACGAAGUACCCAGUCUACAACAAGAAACACCAUUGGAAUCUGAGGCUGUAGUAGCUGAAGAUGUUUCCAUUAACCAGGAAGGUGAAGUACAAACUAAGGAUAUAGAUGAGAAGCCUUCGGCGACAGUCGAAAUCGUAGAAGGCACAAUAGAGCUUGAAGAAACUGUUGGUUCAGCAGGUGAUAUUUGCGAAUUGUCCACUGAAACAUCUAAAGGUACCGACGUGGAAUUAAACAGUGAAGUUACUACUCCAACUUUAGUGGACGAAGAUCCCGUUAGGAUCCUAGAGGAACUGCCAACUGAAGAGGACAAGCAGGAACAAGAUUUUGAAUGGAUAGAGGACGUAGCGCCCGAAGAACAAGAAGUUGCUAGUAGUACAGAAGUAAUUCAGGACGACGAAACUGAAGAUACUUCUAAUAAGAUCAUUGAAAUUUUAGACGACGACGACGACGACUCGAAAAUUAUACAAGCAGAAAAUGUAACAUUCUUCUCCCCAGCCGCGGACUCUGAUUCAGAAGAUACAGUACCUACUUUGGUGCUUGAGCCAGACGAGGUUAACCCGUCACCUGAACUGUUACACAUGGAAAAAGAAAGGGACCUAAUUGAGGAAUCGUCUUUAGUAGUUCAUUCGACUAAUGAGAUCCCAGAUAAACUACCCGAAAUCGAGGAUAUCUUGAAUGACCAAGGAAAUGUCGACGAUGUAGUAGAGAAUAUCGAUAUGCAAGAAAAUUUAGAGACGAUCUUGGCUGUGGCAAGCUUGCAAGGUACCGAAACUAUGGAGUCGGUAGAAGUACCUUCUGAACACCAGAUUUCUGAUAAAGAAAGAAGAGAAAUGGAAGCACUGAGGAUGGCGGUUGAAAGUAUAACCGAAACAGCCCCCGUUGAAUUUGAACAAGUUGAGGAUGUGACGGAAUUAGUCGAAAAUAUUGAAGACCAACCAUUGCAGCAGGUCCCUCCUGCAGUUAAAGUCGUGGAUGUGGUCGAGGGAUCUAAUUUGGAAAUAGAACCUCAAAUAGAAAGUAUAGAAGAAACUAAGAUAAUCGAAGAAGAAAAACCUGUCCAGAGUUCAACGGUGAUGAAUGCAGAAUUUUCCAUAAAUGAAACCGAGGUUGAAGAUGUCAAAAUCGACGAAAAUCAUUUAAUACCAACCAGUGCCGAAGAAACUGUGCAAACCCUUCCCGACACGUCGGAAGAUAAAAUCGAUGCAGGUAGACAAGUGCAGGAGAGUACAGUUGUUUUCCCAGACUCGUCUCAAAGCGUUUCAGUAGGCGAUGAAAUUAAAUCAACCGAAACCUUCAAAGAAAAAGAGGCUAAAGUUAAAGCCAACGAGAGGCCUAAGAGACAUAAAAAGUCUUCCGCGGACAAUAAAUUAGAAGAACUCAGUAUAAACGUAGAUGUACCUGAAAGAGAGAAACCUUACAGCCCGAAGGUCACUAUAAAACCCAUUAAGGUACCCGACGAAGAGGUCAGUACCACGAGCAUCUCGGAUUCAGAAAUUGGGAAAGGAAGUCUCAAAAUAACGAUAACUAAGCAAUCCGAUAAGAUGCAUUCGGUCCUGAAAAUCUGCGAAUCCGACAAUUCCGAACCUCCUCAGGACCAAGACGAACCGAUACCUAAAUUAAUUAUCAAACCUAAGAUGCAGCAAGUCGAACAGCAGCACAGUCCGAAAAUGUCCACGAGAAGUUCAAAGCAAAUGUAUUCCCCUACUAGUUCUACUCAACGAUCGGGAAGCCCUAGAAUCACUAUUAAACCCGUGGUCAAGCCGGAGAAAGAAUCCGUUACACCACUGAAAAUAAAAAUUAAGCCCGAAGAGGGUUCUAAAAAGCAUAGCCCGAAGUUGAACAUAAAGCCAGUGACUAAACCCGAGGAAGAAUGCAGGGAAAACAUCCAAAGCCCGAGAAAAGUAACCAUUAAACCUGUACUGAAAUCGCCUGAAGAAAUGGAGCAAGUCCAGAGUCCAAGGAUCACAAUUAAACCAAUACCGAAGCCCGAACCCGAGAAAGAAUCAGUUUCUGUAACACCCCGGUUGAAUAUUAAACCGAUAAAGAAACAGGACGAAGAUGACCUUGAAAUCGAACGAGAAAGGUCAAGUCCAAAAAUAACUAUAAAACCUCUCGUCAAACCACAAGAGCCUGACACGCAAGCCACAGAAACCGACGAUUCGGUGAAGGAAAGAAUUGUGUUGAAAAUAAACAAAGGAAACCUCCCCACACCGACGAAAGAAUCGAAAAAGAGGGAGCACCCUCCCGACGACGAGAAAUCCGAAAAACUUGCCAAAAUCACGGUAAAAUUCUCGAAGGGCGGGGGUCACCCUCAUAUAGUGCAGCAGUCCGAGGAAUCAAAUAAGAGAGUACACGAAGAACAACCGUCCCCAGAAAAAGUUAAAAAACAAAAAACGGAAAACGAAUCUCCAGUCCUGACUAGAUCCAAACAUAAAGAUGUGUCGGUGGAACACUUCCCAGGCGAUACCCCGAAAACAAAACAGAGAGAACCCGAAUUACAUGUUGUAGAAACCAGAUCAAAACAUACUCAUUCAACUAGUGAAGCUCCUAUCGAAGCAAAAAGAGCGAAGCUACGGGAAACACCGGAGGCUUCUCACACGAAGCAGAGAGAAAGUAUUAACGAGUUAUUGAAGUCCAGGACGAACAAUGAACACAGCGAGGAUGUAAAGAUUAUCGAAACCAAGCUCGAUUCGCCUAUCGUCAUUAGCGAAGAUUCUAGAUCGCAAGACAGCGGCAGCUGUAUUAUCGUGGAAGAUGCAAAAGAUCCUUUGGGAAACAUCCCCGUGUACGAGGUUUCCAUGAAAACUACCCCUGAGACUCCUCCAGUCGCACCUGUAAAACAGGAUAGUGCUAGUUCUACUCCAACUAUUCCGAUCACUCCAACUCCUAGGAAGCGAGGGAGGCCGCGAAAGGUGCCCAUAGUCGUCCGGGAAGAAUUCAAGGAACAAGAUGAACCGCCCAAACCAGAACCCAAGAAGGAGGAGCCGCCGCUGGUACACGAAUCGGGGCGCCCCAAGCGCAGCUGCCGGGGGCAGUCCGUCCGUGCGACGCUGGGCAUCAAGCCGAGGAAACCGCGGGGCCCCGGUAGAGGCAGAGGAAGCAAGAGGGGCAUGGGUACCCGCGUCGUGCCGAUGAAGCCGGAAGGGGAACCCAAACUAAGCAAGGCGAAACUGAAACUGAUCCAAGAUAGCUUGAAAGUUGAAUUACUGAGGGCAGAUGAGAUUGUCGGGAGAGACACGAAAACUAGCGAGCCGCCACAGGUCCUGGAUGAAGAUAUUAAGCCGCCCGCUCCGGUUUUAGCGCAGCGCGAGCAGCUGGCUAGCGAGGUACCAUCCAUAUUGGUGCAGGAGCCCCCGAUUCAGGAACCUCUCACCUAUCCAGCUUCGCUACCCGGCGCUUCUCCUAAACCGGCGUGUUCUUUGCUGACCACGGAACUAGCGGAUUCGACGAGCGUCCCUCCUGCCACUCCGUCUACGAGUGGGGUGGAGUCCUCGGAGAUUGUCAUGGUUGAUGAGGAGACGCGCAUGAGUGCUGAUACUAGUAGCCGAGCCCAGACACCAGCGAAACAGGUCGUACCAUCGGAUGCCGUUAUAGAAGAAUCUCAAAGCUCAGUGCAGAGCACAGCGACCACCGAAAGCGGCAAAGCAGCAUCGUCCAGACCUAACAAGGCGCCGCGCCUCGAGGUGCAGGAACCCGAAGGAGCGGUGAUAUCCGCAGAUCAGCUGACCGAGUACUACUGGAACGGCAAUGGACCGUUUAUGUUGCAAGAGCAAGUGGCGCAAUUCCUCGGUAUCAAGUCGUUCAAACGAAAAUAUCCCGGCAUCAUGAGACGAAUGCUGGAAAUGCAAGAAAGGGACUUUAUCAGGGAGAGCGGCUUGGCGUCGGAGCACAUGUGCGACCUGGGACUUACGGCAGUUAAUAGUGCAGACAUAUUGGACAUUAUGUACUCCGAUUUCCAGGAGAAGUACGAGGAGUACUGCAAACACCAGAGGGACCGGCAGGCGAAGGAGUUGAUUAAUAAGCAGAAGGCUUUGUCUUUAGCAGCUAGUCAGGAGAAGAACAAGGCCGAUAUUACGGAACAGGCCGUACAGUCUGCGGCGCAGUGGAAUGCGUCGUUUAACAAGGCAAGAAAAGAGCAGCGGAAAGCCUGCAUGGACUUGCAGACGUUGACGGUUCAUUACCCGAAAGGCAAAAUGAAACAGAUCAAUAAACCCAAGGUCGGUAACUAUCCCGUUGCGUUGGUGCCUGGACAAUUCACCGACUAUUAUAAGGAAUUUACACCAACGGAAAUCAACAACCUACCCCUAAACACUUUAUGUUACAACGAAAUAAAUAUCAUUCCUCCAGAAGAAUCCGAGGACUCGGGGUCUGAGGGGUCGGAUUCCGAUUCGGACUCCAGCUCGUCCAGUUCCGAUUCGUGUUCUUCUUCCUCCGGAGUCGAGGAUUGCAAGCUAUGUAAGCAUACCCCUAAGAAAGGGCUGUCUAGUAAGUAAGCUUUUAUUGUUUUAUUGAUAUAUUCCAUAAUAUAUAUCCGUAGAUAGUAAGUUUUAGAAAAGGACGUGCUUCGUUAAGUUUUAUUUAUCUUGUAAAUAUUUUUCUAUUUUUUUUUUAGAAGAAAAUGCAUAUUUUAAUGUUCUUUUAUAAUAAAAACGUUCACUUA